AACAAGCCAGAUAUUAGCUCUCAGUGCACCAUCCCAUGCUUCCAGAACAAUCUCCUUUCCCCUUUAUAUUAUCACAUUCCCCCAAUUUUAUCUGUCUGAAAUUACAAAGAUAACAUGGCUCACUGCUUAUCAAGAUUUCCAAUUUCUCACCCUUUUUCAUUUUCAAUCAAUCGUCACAACCCAAAAUAUUCCCACUGUAGCUACUCUGUUCCAAUUUCUAGCAGAAAUGGUAAUAACAUAGUGAAGGUCAUGGCAGUUGAUGAAAGACACAAUCUUGAUCACUUGCAAAGACAGAACAAGCAUCAAUCUCCUCAACUCAAAAAGAGAUCACCCCAAGUGGCCCCUGUUGGGUUAUGGGAUAGGUUCCCAACAGCAAGAACAGUCCAACAAAUGAUGGAGACAAUGGACAGAAUCAUGGAGGACCCUGUUGCUUUUAAUGGAGGUUGGGUUGCAGGGCCAUCAACUGAGGAAGUUGGGUACAGAAGGGGAAGGACACCAUGGGAGAUAAAAGAAAGUAAAGGAGAAUACAAAAUGAGAUUUGACAUGCCAGGUAUGACUAAAGAAGAUGUGAAGGUUUGGGUAGAAGAAACAAUGUUGGUUGUGAAAGCUGAGAAAGUGGCCAAGAAUAGGAAAGAGGAAGAGGAGGAAGAAUGGUCUGCUAAGAGCUAUGGAAAAUAUAGUACAAGAAUUGCUUUGCCUGAGAAUGUUGACUUUGAGAAAAUUAAGGCUGAGGUUAGAGAUGGUGUCUUGUAUAUUACUAUACCAAAGGCUAGUUCUAAUCCCAAAAUUUUUGACAUUAAUGUUGAAUGAUAAAUUUUGAUGUCU